AAAGUUAUAGGAAGAGAAAAAAAAGUUAUAAAGUUAUAGGAAGAGAAAAAAAAGUUAUAGGAAGAGAAAAAAAAAUCUAGUUGGAGUGUUGGGCGGAAAGAAUGCACAUGCGAUUCCAGUGAAUGGCUAUGGAAAGAGCUUCAUGUUCCACCCUCAACACUUUCCGUUUCAGCACCAACAACAGCUUCUCUUCCAAACUCUACAGAAAACACCACCUUCAUUUCCCCCUUUUUCCUCCAAGAAACUUCAAUUCUAACAUUCCCAAAUUGUACACUCAUGGGUGGUUUGUCAAUUCAUCUAAUAGCAGCAACACCCAAGAAACCCCAUCUCACCAACUUGCUCUUCUUCUCGAAGUUGAAGGGGUUUUAAUGGAUGUGGACCGACAGGGAAAUCGUCAAGCCUUCAAUGCAGCGUUCCGGAAGCUUGGAUUGGACUGUGCAAAUUGGAGCCAACCAGUUUAUCAGGAUCUUGUAAAGAAGAGCAUGGGUGAUGAAGAAAGGAUGUUGGUCUUGUUUUUCAACAGAAUUGGUUGGCCCACAUCACUGCCCACGAGUGAGAAAGAGACAUUUAUGAAAAGUGUUUUGCGAGAGAAGAAAAUUGCAUUGGAUGAACUUGUCAUGUCAAAAACUUUACCUUUAAGACCUGGUGUUGAAGAAUUUAUUGAUGAAGCAUGUGAAGAAGGUGUCCAAGUGGUGAUGCUGACAGCCUACUGUAAAAGUGGAGAAAAGCAAGUCAGAUCUAUCAUUGAGAAGCUUGGAAAUGAUAAACUGGCAAAGAUAAAAAUAAUUGGAAUUGAGGAGGUAAGGCGAAGUUCCUAUGGCCAACUUGUAUUUGGCGAAGCGGUGGCAUCUGAUCUAGGCGAGCAACUGGCUAAAGAAGCAAGAAAAGCAGUUUCCGCCGAGGAGCAAAAAAUUGCUAAGGAGGUUGCUUCCAUACUAAAGUUGACUGUCGACAUUGAUACUACUUCAAGUGAAGGAUUGAAGAUUGUUGUGGCUGCUUUGAGGGCGGGGGCAGAAUAUGCCAAUGUACCUGUGCACAAUUGUGUGCUUGUUUCCGGAGGUCAAUCUGGGGUCGCUGGAGCAGAGCGAAUUGGCAUGCCUUGUGUUGUGGUCCGGAGCAGGUGUAAAAGUUCGACAGCCAGAGCUGAGUUUCCUGGAGCUAAAGCAAUAAUGGAUGGAUUUGGUGGUGGAGAUCUAUCAAUUUCUAGGCUACGACACAUACAGGAGUCCUGAUAUUUGAUACAAAACCCAAUUCCUGUAUAAUUUUCAAACUUUAAAGCGAGUGUAAUUACGAUGCUGUAAAAUUAUUUCCUAUGAAAUAUGCAGCAUAAGUUGCAGUAUCAUCUAGCGGCCAUUGACCAUUUGUGGAAUUAGUUCUCAAUUUGGGACUUCA